CCCCCCCCCCUGCUCCUUCCUCUCUACAACAUGAUGAGGACCAGACUGGGGGGGCUUUGCCUGUUGGGGGUCCUGACAGCAACUUGUAUGGCUGUACAGUUCGUUCCUGCGAAGACCUAUGAAGACUGGUGGGCUUACAAAGAGACUCUUCACGGUAGCUUUGUGCCAGGUCCCCCGUUCUGGGGUCUCGUAAAUUCGGCUUGGAGCCUCUGCGCCAUUGGCAAACGCCAGUCGCCUGUGGAUGUUAACACCAGCCAAAUGGUGUUUGACCCGUUCCUUCCUCCACUUCGACUAAGUACAGGCGGGAAGAAGAUCAGCGGCACCAUGUACAACACAGGGCGGCACGUCUCUUUCCGCCCGGACCCCUUGCAGCUGGUGAACGUUUCCGGAGGGCCCCUCCUGUAUGGCCACCGGCUCCAGGAGCUACGCCUGCACUUUGGCAGCGAAGACGGGUUUGGCUCCGAGCACUGGAUCGACAGCGAGGGCUACUCGGCCGAGGUGCAGCUGAUCCACUACAACCAAGAGCUCUACCCCAAUAUCUCGGAAGCUUCGCGCAAUCCCAACGGCUUGGCCGUCAUUUCGAUCUUUGUCAAUAUCGGAACAAGUCCCAACCCGUUCCUAACCAAGCUGUUGAACAGGGAGACCAUUACCCGGAUUUCGUAUAAAAACGAUGCUUAUCUCCUCCAUGAUCUGAGCCUUGAAGAUCUUUACCCCGAGACGUUUGGCUUCAUCACCUACCAAGGAUCCAUGUCGACCCCUCCAUGUUACGAAACGGCCACUUGGAUCCUCAUUGAUCGACCCAUCAACAUUACCUCUGUACAGAUCCAUUCCCUUCGUCUCCUCAGCCAGAAUCUUCCUUCCCAAAUUUUCCGGAGCAUGAGUGACAACUCGAGGCCCCUCCAGCCCCUGCUACACCGAAGCCUUCGGGGCAACCGAGAUCCGCGGCGCUCCACUCGGCGUUGCAAAGGCUCCAACUACAGGCUACACGUCGAUGGUACCCGGCCUCCCAAAACGGUCAUGUAGCUGAAGUCUCUUGGAGCAUGUUUUGUCCCAUUGAAUGUUUGAGGGUAGCUGUCGCUCCCUCAAAAUUUGAUGUCUAACUGAGGAAGCUACAACUUCCCACCUCUGGGUGACUAGUUUGCCUCCCACCGUGCGAAAGGGAAUAAAAUAGGGAGACUGAAAACUAUAGCGAAGAGUCUCCCUCAGAGGUGUUUUCGAACACACUCGCCCCAAUAUGGCUUCUGGAGCUUUAAAACAAUCAGGCUGAGGCUAUUUAUUAGCAGAAUGUGUCAUGCCCCCAACUGAACAGCCAUUUUGUAAAAGGGAGUGGGGAGCCCCAGAAACUUGAGGUCUAGAAUGCUGCCCUCUGAUAACACUUCCCCUGCUUUCCUAAAUACAAUUACUUUUGUCCUAGACAUCAAAUAGAAUCAAAAUCUCUAUGAAUGUUAGGGAGAGAGAAUGUACCCCCAGAUUCUCAGCAGCCCAGCCAGCCUGUAUUGGGCAGAUGGAUGUACCCCCAAAUGCUGCAUACACACCUCAGAAUGUUUGGUUGGACAUACAGAUACGGCAGGCUAGCCCCAUCGUGUCUGAGUGCGUCCCGAGAUAUUUGUGGGACAUUCUGUGAAUCUCAGGGGCCGUGGGGCACAAAAAUGAAAAGCAGGACUGUUCCCUCCAAAUGUGAAGGCCCUGAAUCUCAAGGUGUUUAUAGGGAGGGGGGUCCCAAUACAGAGAUACACAGGAACAAUCCCAGCUUCUUUCAUUAGUUUGUGGAAGAAGCAUGCACUUGGAAAUUUCCCCCACUUUCUGAGUAAACAUGAGGGAAUCUGGGGUAGGAAAUACAAACAAGGGUCCCCUACCCAAAUUCUCAGUCUGUCCUAGGAGGUGUGGGAGAACAGAAAAUACACAGGGAUACAGCGACGAUUUUUGAAAAGCUUUCACGACCCUCAGCUGGGAAGCAGGAAAGGGAAGGAUCUUGUUGCCAAAAGAAUCCAUGUUUUGAAUACAGAUGAAUAUUACUAUUAAUUA